AAAAAAAAAGCACACAAUGGAGAGAGUCAAGAAGAACGGCGGCAGGCGCUGUGGCACCAGAAACUUCACUCUCAACGAGUUGCAAUGCUUCUUUGACUUUUUCAUGGAAUACAACAUUAUUCAUGGCUACGCCAGCGAGGAGUAUAAGCACCUCGACCCCUCUCAGCAGCCUUGCGAGCUUGGUGACAGCAAAAAUGGCAGGGAGUUGUUCUACUCAAAGAGCUACUGGGUCAAGCUCACCGACGAGUUCAAGAGCACUGUGGUGGAGUACAACAACAUGCUCAUCAGCAAUGGCAUGGCCAGAAAUCCGGCGCUCAGUGAUGCAAUGCCCUUCAAUCCCCUUCUUGGGUCGACUACCAGCUCUGCUGUAGCAGCAGCAGCAGUGGCUGGCACUUCUGCUGCCCACAAUCACAACGUCAACAACUACAUCAGAAAUUUUCCCAAUCGUCCUUACAACUCAUACAAGAAAAGGGUCUAUGAACAGGUGAAGCUCUUUUGCGGAUCCAGCUCGAAAAACUACGUCAACAAAAACAAUCAGAUAUUGAGAAACUUCCUCUACCACUUGCUCAACAGAAAUUUUGAUUCCCACUCUUUGUCAGACAACAACAACAGCAAGUUGAACAACUAUAUUGACAUGAUGAAGAUCAACAACUCUAACUUGAAACACAAAGUGACUUCAGAUCCUCCCAACAUGCCCUUUAGUGGUGUUUCCAACGGCAUUAGUACGGUCUCUCCCCCUGCUGUUCCAGACAACUCAAGCUCUACCACAGACACCAUUCGCACCAGAAACAACAUUGCUCGGCUUAUCAAUCUCAACAUGGACCUCAGUGUUGAAAACAACAAUGAAAAGCCAAUGUUUGACGAUAGAUCCUCAAUUAAAUCAUGGCUACAAACAAAACUACUUCCCUUGGGCAUCCUUAUAGUCAUCGAAAGAAGUGAUGAUACUAAGAUUGUAUUCAAGUGUAAAAGUUAUCAGUAUUCCUCUAAUUUCAAAAAAAUUAGACAAAAGAGAAUAUCAAAAAAGCAAAAGUUAAUUCUUCUAAAAAAAGGUAUCUAUAACCAAGUUGAGAAAUUUCAAAAGGAAAAACAAAAAUUACUAAGGAAAAAUAACCCAAAUUCUUGCCCUUUUAGAAUCAGAGCAAACUUUUCAAUUCGUGCAAAUAAAUGGUCAAUUGUUAUAGUCAAUGACAACCAUAAUCACCCAUUAAAGGACCCAAUAUCAAACGAUAUUCAACCACACUUGGCCAACAACAUUAAUAAUAUAAACAGCAUCAAUGGUAUUCCCAAUCUUGCCAACUUAAAUAAUGUUUAUAACCCUAUUAACAACGUCUCGAACAAUAACAACUCUAAUCUUAAAAUCGAUAUUAUCAAUACCAAUAAUUCUAAUCUGAUUUUAGAGAAUCAGAAUACUAUCGAAGAAACUUUUAAUACUGCUUCCUUUAACAACGAUAUUCAUAUUAAUUUGUUCAAAAACAAAUUCCAUAUCGUAGAAGAAGCUGCUCUUGAAAAUUCAAAACUUACAUAUAACUUGAUGAAAAAUAAACUAAAAAUUCUCAGCGCAAACAAUAGCAUUAAUAAUUCUAAUACUCCUAAUAAUAAUUUCAAUAGUAUCAACAAUAUUAAUCUAAAUAAUAUCCCCAAUAACAACCAACAACAAUCAAACUUUCCAAUAAUAAUUAAUGAAAAUUAUUCUCAAUUUAACUCUCAUAAUAACACUAAUAACAAUAACAAUAACAAUAACAAUAACAAUAACAAUAACACCAAUACUAUUGAUGCUAACAACAAUAGCAGUCCCAAUAAUAAUCUCUUCAAUACCAAUAAUAUUAACAAUAAUAAUAAUAUAAACAAUUGUAGUAAUAUCAACAACCAAUCCCUAUACAAGUUAAAUCCCUUAGAUGACCCCUUUUCUCCGGUAGUUUCCGAUAAAGAUGAAUAUCUCACCUCAAACUCCUUAUCCACCACUUCUACCUCAACCUCAUCUCUAUCAACAUCCUCAAAUUCUUCUUCUUCAUCCUCUUCUUCCAAUAACUCAGCCUUUUCAACAAACAAUUAUCAUCAAAACAACAAUAGCAAUUCUUCUAUAAUCAACAAUAAUUUUGUUGACUUUAAUACCAUAGACAGUAUUAAAGAAAAUAGCGUAAAUAGCAAUCAUAUAAGCAAUAUAAAUAAUAUAAACAAUAAUAAUAAAGAAAACAAUCUAAAUGUUAACCAUAUAAACAACACAAAUAAUAAUAAUAACAACAAUAAUAAUAAUAAUAACAAUAAUAAUAAUAAUAACAACAACAAUAAUAAUAGUACACCUUCUCAUAUUAAUGAUCAAAUCAAAAAUCCCAAAAAUGAAAGUGAUAUUGAUGAUUUAAUAACUGAAUUGUUUUCUAAUAAAAUUCAAAUAUCAAAAAAUCAAUCUCAACUUCAGCAUCAGCAUCAAAACCAGAUUCAAAACCAGAUUCAAAACCAAAAUCAAAACCAGAUUCAAAACCAAAAUCAAGUUCAAGUUCAAAUUCAAAGCCAAAAUCAAAACCAGGUUCAAGCGAAUUUCAUGUCUAAUGGCAUGAACAAUUCCAAUAAUAAUAGAAAUCUUUUUAUAAAUUUCAAUGAACAUGUUAACACAACUGAUGAAGAAUUAAUUGAUCAGAUUAUGAAAGAUAUGAAUAUUGAAUGUCCACUCUUAUUCCCCGAACAAUAUACUGAUGAUCAAAUUAUUCAUGAUUUCACAACUUAUAAUAUUAAUAUCGAUAAUAAUAUGCAGAGUAAUAUUGAUUUCAAUAGCAUGAAUAUAGACAAUAUAAAUAUCAACCUCAACAAUAACAAUAAUAAUAAUAAUAAUAAUAAUAAUAAUAAUAAUAAUAAUAAUAAUAAUGGCUACUACAAUAAUAACAACAAUAUAACCACUCCAAAUGGAGGAUUGUUUGAAAAGGAGUACUCAAUGAGUGAUUUUACAAAGGAUUUUAAUCAAACUUUCAACAAUGAUUUCAAUCAGGACUUUUCAAACAUCAAUAUGGAUAAUUUAAAUAUUGAUGCCAAUAACAUCAACUUGAUGAAUAUGAACAAUCAAAAUACAUUGCCUAUUAACGAUAAUAUCAACACUAAUGUGAAUACUAAUAAAAUUAACGGGAACCCCAAUGAAAAGUUCGACUUGAAUUUCUUAACUAGUAACGAAGGUUCUCCAAUUAUAUCCAACUCGCCCAUCAUAAAUAAUACAAACAACAAUAACAGCAACAAUAAUAACAAUAGCAAUAACAAUAUAGUAGCACACCAAAUCCCCGUAAUAACUUACGUGAAUGAUUACAAUCAUGAUGCCUUUAAUAUUCAUUAGAAUUCACCAAAAAUAGAUGGUUUUGUUUAUUUAUCCUUAUAUUUUUAUAUCUUUCUAUAUAAUUGACCUUUAA